UCUUCUGGGGAGGUGAAGGUCAAUAUAUUCUUCAAGUCAACUCUUGUUACUAUGAAUAGCGCAUAGGCUAUCUUGCCACUCUCUCCAAGUUAUCAAUCAAAAUAGCAUUGUAGGUUAGACCUGCUUCUUCUUCACCAAAAUCCUUAUAUCUUCUACAUUGCUUCUAUGGUCCCAUUAGGCAGGUAUGUUCAUGGCUGUGCAUGCCAAGUCUUCUAAUUUGCUUUUCUUUUCAGUGAUCUGCUUAGGAUUUUUGUACAAAUUAGAUUUCGGAUGUUUCCAGAAAAAUAUAGGUCACGAGGAACACCAACCCUACCAUGAUUUGUCGUAUUGUGAUUCUCAGUGGUUAUUCUCCCUGUCCCUGCUCUUGCCCCAUCGUUUCCCUGUGGAUUCUGUACGAUGGGGGCCCUCACCGAUAGUUCAAAAAUUGCUCUUCCACUCUGGCAGGUAGAUAGUGAAUGAAGAGCAUUUGGCAGCCCCUAGUGAUGGCAGCGUAUCUCUCCCCAGGCUCACAGGAGCGGACGGUGCGGAGGUUUGAAGCAGAGGGCAUCACCAACUACACAGCACUGCUGCUGAGCAAAGAUGGGAAAACCCUAUUUGUGGGGGCCCGAGAGGCCCUCUUUGCCCUCACCAGCAGUAGCAGUUUCCUGCCCGGGGGGCACUACCAGAAGCUGAUAUGGAGUGCCGAUCCAGAGAAGAAGCACCAGUGUGUCUUCAAGGGCAAGGACUCACAGAGGGACUGUCACAACUACAUCAAGCUUCUCCAGCAGCUCAAUAGCACCCACUUGUACACCUGUGGCACGGCUGCCUUCAGCCCCGUCUGUGCCUACAUAAACAUUCAGAACUUCAGCUUGGAGCAAGAUGGAGCAGGGAAUGUCCUGCUUGAGGAUGGGAAGGGUCGCUGUCCGUUUGACCCAGAGUACAAGUCCACAGCUAUCAUGGUUGAUGGUAAGCUUUAUGCCGGAACAGUCAGCAACUUCCAGGGGAAUGAGCCAACCAUCUCCCAGAGCCAGGGGAAUCGCCUCACCCUCAAGACUGAAAACUCCCUCAACUGGCUUCAAGACCCGGCCUUUGUGAGCUCCGCUUACAUUCCCGAGAGCCUGGACAACCCUCGAGGGGACGAUGACAAGAUCUACUUCUUCUUCAGCGAGACCGGAAAGGAGUUUGACUUCUUUGAGAACACCAUCGUGUCCCGGAUUGCCCGUGUGUGCAAGGGAGACCUGGGUGGGGAGAGAGUACUGCAGAGACGCUGGACAUCUUUCUUGAAAGCCCAGUUGCUUUGCUCCCGGCCAUCUGACGGCUUCCCCUUCAAUGUGCUCCAAGAUGUCUUUGUGCUGAGCCCUGGCCCCAAGGACUGGCAGGACACCCUCUUCUAUGGCGUCUUCACUUCCCAGUGGCACCAGGGUGCUGCGGGGGGCUCAGCCAUCUGUGUCUUCACCAUGCAGGAUGUGGAGAGUGCCUUCAGCGGCCUCUACAAGGAAGUAAACCGAGAGACCCAGCAGUGGUACACAGUGAUGGAUUCGCCUACACCCCGGCCAGGAGCGUGCAUUACGAAUAGUGCCCGGGAAAAGAAGAUAAACUCCUCUCUGCAGCUCCCUGACCGGGUACUCAACUUCCUCAAAGAUCACUUUUUGAUGGAUCGGCAGGUCCGGAGCAACCCGCUGCUGCUGCAGCCCAGGGCCCGUUACCAGCGCCUCUCGGUGCAUCGAGUGGCGGGCCUGCACCGCUCUUACGACGUCCUCUUCCUGGGCACGAGUGACGGCCGCCUGCACAAAACUGUGCAUUCGAGGCAGAGGGUGCACAUCAUCGAGGAGAUCCAGCUCUUCCCACCUGACCACCCUGUCCAGAAUUUACUGUUGGACCCCCAGAGAGUAAGCAAGGAUACACUUGAGAGGAAGGGAUGCAAAGGACUGCUCUAUGCUUCCUCCUACUCGGCCGUGGUUCAGGUGUCUGUGGCUAACUGCAGCGUCUACACGAGCUGCGGGGAAUGCAUCCUGUCUCGAGACCCGUACUGUGCCUGGAGCGGCACCGCCUGCAGGGACGUCAGGCACUACCAGCCUGAUCUGGCCUCCCAGCCAUGGGUACAGGACAUCGAAGAUGCCGACACGGAGCAGCUCUGCAACGGUUCUGCCGUCAGCCGCCGGCCUUCUGCGUUCUCAGGUGAGACAUCGUGCAAGCAAGUACACUUCCAGCCCAACACAGUGAACACCCUGACUUGCCGGCUGCUCUCCAACCUGGCAUCCCGGCGCUGGCUCCACAACGGGGCGCCCGUGAACCACUCUGCCUCUUACCGCGUGCUGCCCAGCGGGGACCUGCUCCUGGUGGGCAGCCAGGACGGCCUGGGCUCUUUCCAGUGCUGGUCCCUAGAGGAGAGCUUCCAGCAGCUCGUGGCCAGCUACUGCGUGGAGGCCACUGAGGGGGCAGCUGACGGGGAGGAGGGCUCGAACAUCCCGUUCAUCAUCAACACGUCCCGGGUGAGCUCCCCUGCCAACGGCAAGGCCGCUCUGGCCCCUUACAAAACCUACUGGAACGAGUUCUUGCUCAUGUGCGGUCUGUUUGGAUUUGCCGUCGUGCUUCUCGCCCUCUUCUUCCUCUACCGCCACCGGGACGGCAUGAAGCUCUUCCUCAAACAGGGAGAGUGUGCCAGCGUACAUCCCCGGACCCGGCCCGUGAUGCUUCCCUCAGAAAACCGGUCCCUCAAUGGGGGAGGCCCGCCGAGCGCCCUGCCCGACCACAAAGGUUACCAGGCCCUGGCCGACAGCUCUCCAGGGCUCCGGGCCUUCACCGAGUCGGAAAAGAGGCCACUCAGUAUUCAGGACAGCUUUGUGGAGGUGUCUCCCACGUGCCCCCGGCCCCGGGUACGGCUGGGCUCUGAGAUUCGUGACUCUGUGGUAUGAACCGAGGAGAUGGCUCACAGCUAACCCCGGCUCGAGGGACUGUGACUCCGUGUAGAAUAACCAGCCGGACCUCUCUUCCUCAUCAGACAGCACCCAGAAUCCGGAGAGCGGAGCGAGCUGGGCAGCUCCCUCCCACUUCCUUCAGGACCAGCCAGAGGGAAGAGGAUCAUCACUCCUCUAUAAGUAGGACUGUGGGGCCUCUCCUCUCAGCCAGGAACGGAAACAUGGGGGGUUUGCCUGGCCCUGGGGGGGUCACCUUGGAGCUCCGUACAGGGAAGCUGCAGCCAGAAGCUGCCUAGAGGCAGUCCAGGCGCUCAGUGACCUCUCAUUCAUUCUCAGACUUUGCUGCAGGACUAUUCUGACUCCUGAGCCCUUCUGAAAACAUUUUUCUUUAAAAAAAAAAAAAAAAAAAAAAGAGAAAAUGUGAAACAAGCAUGAGGAAUGAAAGGUGACCCAGACAGAAUUCUUCUUCAGCCUUGGUCUGGAAGGGAUUCAGUUCACAGACUCUCCUCCCUUACACACAAUCUCCAUGGGGCAUUUUGGAUGCAUUAGAACAAUAAUAUGGAUGCCUGAGCCUGAGGGAAAUCCAUCUCCUCUUCCACGGGCCUCGUUCGCCUCACGUUCUGCUGCCAAAGUCAUUGCAGAGGCCUAGGGCCAACACAGAGGCCUCCAAGGAGUUUUGGCUUCUGCUGUGCCAAGGACCCCUGACAGAUUGGAAGCCAACCUAGGGCACGCUUCCUCCCUACCUCCAUAGAACAAUCAGGCCACGGACAACAGGAGGGUGGUUGUGUCACUGCCAUAUCCUGUCCAGCCACAGGACUAGUAGUGGCUCUCUUGGGACACUAGAGGGCUGGUUUAAGGUUGGUUUGUUCCCCGUGUUGAGAGGAUAGAAGCACAUUCCAUUUUUUAUGGAAUUCACAUUGAACAUCAAAGACUAGAUUUACUGUCUUCCCUUCCUGAUAAUCUAAAAGAACCACUGUGUCCCUACCCUCCUUUGUCCUUUGGCCCUUUUGGACUUCCUCCUACUUUCCCUAAAUAACUAACUUCCUCAAGCUUGAUAAUUCUCUGGCCCCUUGUGCUCUUUCUGCCCAAAGGGACAUUGACACUGCCCAGUCCAGGGGCCAUAUAAGUCUGUUUUGUAUAACUUUUUU